CUCCAGCAGCUUGGACUAGCCUGCCCUAGCAGCUGCCGCCGCCGCCGCCUCGGAGCCGCGACCCCGCUCCUCGCCCCCUCCCCCGCUCAGCACCAGUGGCCGCGGUGACGUCCCGCAGAGGCGCGGAAGCCGGAGCUGCCCGGGCCGCCGCCGCCCCUGCGGAGCUCCUCGGGCCGCACGUGGCGGUCCCGCCCCCUCGGCCCCAGCUCGGUGUCCCCAUGAGCUUCCAGAGCCGGCUCCAGGCGCCGCCGCCCCGCGGCCGGCCCGGAGGCUCCUGCGCGCUGCGGCAGAAGCUCAUCUUCUCCCCGGGCAGCGACUGCGAGGAGGAGGAGGAAGAAGAGGAGGAGGACGAGGGCAGCGGCCACAGCACCGGGGAGGACUCGGCCUUCCAGGAGCCAGACUCACCGCUGCCGCCCGCCCGCAGCCCGGCAGCCCCGGGGCCGGCCGCCGAGCCCGAGAGCGAGCCGGGCGGCCAGAGGCGCGGCCCAGGCCGGCUCCCAGCCCCGGACCCGCAGGAGGAGGAGAUGCCGCCGGCCGACGAAGGAGGCACGGGCGGCGCCGAGGGCGACUCGUGGGAGGAGGAGGGCUUCGGCUCGUCGUCCCCGGUCAAGUCCCCUGCCGCCGCCGCCGCCCCCUACUACCUGGGCAGCCCCUUGUCGCCGCUCCGCGGGGACCGCUCCCCGCGCGGCCGCCCGCGCCGUGACGGCUCCUGCUCGCCGGUGCCCGACUACCCGGGCACGCCGCCGCACAAGACUUUCCGCAAGCUGCGGCUCUUCGACACGCCGCACACCCCGAAGAGUUUGCUGUCCAAAGCUCGAGGAAUAGAUUCCAGCUCUGUUAAAAUCCGAGGUGGUUCUCUGUUCAUGAGCUCAGGAAGAUCAGAAAAGCAAGGAUUUGAUGUGAGACAAACCCCUCAAGUGAAUAUUAAUCCCUUCACUCCAGAUUCAAUGUUGCUUCAUUCUUCGGGACAGUGUCGUCGAAGGAAGAGAACACACUGGAAUGAUUCCUGUGAUGAAGACAUGGAAGCGAGUGAUGGGGAGCUUGAAGAUGAGACUACCAGGCCUGCCAAGAGAAUUACAAUUACGGAAAGUAACAUGAAAUCAAGAUAUGAAAGUGAAUUUCAUGAACUAGAGAAGAUUGGAUCAGGAGAAUUUGGUUCAGUAUUUAAGUGUGUAAAGAGGCUAGAUGGCUGUAUCUACGCCAUAAAGCGAUCAAAGAAGCCAUUGGCUGGUUCUGUCGAUGAACAGAAUGCUUUAAGAGAAGUCUAUGCCCAUGCAGUACUUGGACAACAUUCUCAUGUGGUUCGAUACUUCUCUGCAUGGGCGGAAGAUGAUCACAUGCUGAUACAGAAUGAAUAUUGUAAUGGUGGAAGCUUAGGGGAUGCCAUAAGUGAAAACUACAGAAGCAUGAAUUAUUUUUCGGAAACAGAACUUAAAGAUCUCCUCAUACAAGUUGCUCGUGGCUUGAAAUAUAUUCAUUCAAUGUCAUUGGUACACAUGGAUAUUAAGCCCAGUAAUAUUUUCAUAUCUAGGGUGUCAAUCCCAGGUACAGCUGAGGAAGGGGAUGAAGAUGAUUGGACAGCCAAUAAAGUUAUUUUUAAGAUAGGUGAUCUUGGGCAUGUAACUAGGAUAUCUAGUCCUCAGGUAGAAGAAGGUGAUAGCCGUUUCCUUGCCAAUGAAGUCUUACAAGAGAACUACACUCACUUGCCAAAGGCAGAUAUUUUUGCUCUGGCCCUCACCGUGGUGUGUGCUGCUGGCGCUGAACCGCUCCCCACAAACGGAGACCAGUGGCAUGAAAUAAGACAAGGAAAGCUGCCCCGGAUACCACAAGUUCUUUCACAAGAACUGACAGAUUUGUUGAAAGUCAUGAUUCAUCCUGACCCUGAGAGGAGACCAUCAGCGGUGGCACUGGUCAAGCACUCAGUGUUACUCUCUGCCUCCAGGAAGAGUGCGGAGCAGUUACGCAUAGAGCUGAAUGCAGAAAAAUUCAAGAACUCCCUCCUGCAGAAAGAACUGAAGAAAGCACAGAUGGCGAAAGCAGCUGCAGAGGAGCGAGCUCUGUUCACAGACAGAAUGGCCACACGGUCCAGCACGCAAGGCAACAGAACAGCCCGGCUCAUUGGGAAGAAGAUGAACCGUUCCGUCAGCCUGACCAUAUACUGAACUGAACCUGUGACAAGAAGCUGCAAAGAUCCAUCUUCCGUGUCUAUAGUUUUACUGAAGUCCCUUCGAUGGGUUUUACUGGUGAAUUACAGUUGGAAGCUGUAUUUUGACCAUUGGUAUUUAUCUUGGACUUGGUACCAGGUCUUGUGGUGCAUUUGCUGAGACCCGCACCCUCAGUUCGGUUUCACCAGCUGUCCCAGGGUUAACCACUAUUGUGGUGUGCUGCUUUGAAAUUGCCGUCACAUUGUAUGAUAGAAGGCAUCGAUCUCUCCCUUACACCGGUCAGGAGGACUGUAUGGCCUUACUGCAAAUCAGAUUUUGCCUUUUUAAGAAGGAAAACAAGUGUUGAGAUGACUCAGCACCAACCACCCUACCUGGUGUCAAACUUUUGUUGUUUAAUUGUGAAUUUUACUUGUAUAUCCAACUGGGAGCACUUUGUAGGCAUUACAGAAACCAUGGGAGGAUGGUCCUGUGGGAGUAUUUGCCUUGUGAAUUUGCUGCUAUCUUAGUUUUGUCUUUGCUGUAAAAUUGUAGCAUUAAAACAAUCAUUGUUAAUAGGCUUUCUGUUGAAACAAUUAUGUGAUACAAUAUAAGCUGCUAAGGAAAAAGCAGCUUUUUUCCCCUUUUUUUUCUUGGAAGCUAGUGCAUUAGAAAGAUGCACCUUUGUCUCUUUUUGGAACUCUGUAUUAAUGUAGUAUAAUUAUUACUGGUUUUGUAAUUCUUCCCAAUAAUGGCCUUCCUGCUUACUCUCCAAUUUUUAAGAUGUUUUCUUCUUUUCCUUUUCCCUCCUUCCAAGCAUUUGUACUGGGCUGUACUGUUAGUCUGUUUUUAAAUGUUUUGCCUGUUUCUUUGACAUUCAUGUAUAUAAAUUGAUUUUUGCUGAUACUGUACAGACCUACAAUCUGAAAUACCCAAAUGACUUCUCACUAUUCUGAGUUCUUCGUGAAACAUAGUUUGACUGUAAAUUAGCCUUUUGAACUAAUAAUACAGACUGUUAGUGGAUUUAGUGGAUCUUGCCCCAAAUAGAAUUGACUAUUACUGGUUUGUUUGUCAUUAAUUUUGGUUUUAAAUGUUUACAUUUGUCUGGGUUCGACUUAUAUUUUUAUUAGUGUUGAUGAGCAUGUUAAAAGUCAUUCGGAGAUUAGUAAUUGUCUCUGAAUGCCGUUGUGCUCUGUUGAGUUGGAUCUUGCAUUUUGUAUAGCUAGAGUAUGGUAUCAUUUGAAGGAGAACUAUACUAGAGAAGAAAGUCUGGACUUGUGUCCUAGAACUUUCGUUUAAUGUCUGUGUAACCCGGCACGGAUCAUUUGACCUUUGGCCCCAGUUUCCUGUAAAAGUAUAAAAUCUCUAUUCGUAAUUAUUAAUUAUAUUAUCUCUAGUCAUAAAAUAGAAAUGAUACUUAAUGCCUUAUCUUCCUCAAAGAGAUUUUGGGUGGCAAGCACUUUGUAAAUUGUUAAAUGCCAUAAAUAAUAUUUUGUGCCAUGCCAUGACAAGUUUGAAGACCAUUGCUACACUGGAAAUAUUGAUGGGAACAGAGAUGAUUUUAGCAUUUUGGCUUCAAUGGGCACUUCAUCAGUUCAUAAAGGGUUCGAUUCUCAAAGCUUAUAUGAUUUUCUUUAACCCUAGAAAAAUUUUUGUUGACCAGAAUAAUUGCAACCAUUCAGUUUAUGGUCCUUAAUUCAGAAAUCUUAGGUUCUUGGGAUUCUUGGGAGUCAAGAGGAUUUUUAAUCACAACUGUAAAUGUUUGAAACUGUUUUUAUGUGACUUUUGAUAUACUAAAUGUUUUACUUCCUGUCUACUGAAGAGGUUGCAAUUCUUUUCUGUAGCUUCAGUUUGGGAACAUUCUGGUUACCACUUCUGACUUUCUUGUUGCAUCCAAACCAUUAGAAAGAGAUCUUUUAAGUUGGAAAAAGGUUGGACUUGAUAUCAGACUUAAUGGUUUCAGAAUUUGGAUGUGCAAACUGAAAUGCUGAUCAAAAGUGAGGCAGGUGGAAGGAGAUUCCCCACAGUCAGGGAGAAUGUGUUUAAACAAGAAAAAGGAAUCUGGUCCUCAAAUACUUUUAAAGAAAUGUUUGUUUGACUUACAUUGGUUUUCUUUUGAGGUUAUCUCAUCCAUAGAAUGAUAGACCUGGAGCUGGACAAGCCAAAGAGAAACUUUACAGGUAAAAGCAGUUGAGUCUCCAGGGGCUUGUGAAAGCUGAGGCUUGUACUCAAAGACUCUGGACAGUCCUAGGAUCCCUCUAGUACACUUUUGUACUGUUAUACUUUUUCCGUUGGUAUACGUUCAAAUACAU